AUGAAUACGUUUAGGACCCAGCUCCAGGUUGUGUUCUCUCGCCUGGUUGUGUGCUCCCCUGGGUUGGGUUCUCCCGCUCAGCCUGGUUGUUCCUCCUGUUUGUUCUCCGUGGUGUUGGUGUCUGGUGGGUGGUUCUCUCCUGGUGUGGUUCUCGCCCUGGUUGGGUUUCUCUCCUGGGUUGUGUGCUCUCCUGGUUGGGUGUUUGUGCUCUCUCCUGGGGUUCCUGGUUCUCUCUCCUGGUUGUGGUUCUCGCCGGUGUCUCUCGCCUGGUUCUGGUCUCUCCUGGGUUGGGUGCGCUCUCCUGGUUCUUGUUCUCGCCGGGUGUUGUGCUCGUCUCCUGGUUGGGUGUCUCUCCCUGGUGCCUCGGGGUUUGUUCUCGCUCCUGGGUGUGUGCGCUCCUGGGUUUGGGUCUCUCCGGGUCUGUGUUCUCGUCCUGGGUCGGUUCUCGCUCCUGUGCGGGUUGUUCGUGCGCGCCGGGUGCGGUUCGCCUGGUGUGUUGUUCGCGAGGGCGUCCGGUUGGUCGGUCCUGGGUUUGUGUGCUCCGCCGGGUGUGUUCGCGCCUGGGCUUUGUUCUCUCCUGGGGUGUGUCUGGCUGCUCCUGGGUGGGCUCGCUGCCUGGUGGUGUUCUCGGUCCUGGGUUUUUUGGGUGUCUCUCCUGGGGUGGGUGCUCUCCUGGUUUGUCGGCGCCUCUGGCGGUGUGCGUCCGAACUGCCUGGUUGUGUGCUCCCUGCUGGUUGUUCUCGUCUCCUGGUUGGUUCUCGGCCGGGUAUGAGUGUGGCGCCUCCGUGGUUGUUGUGUCUCCUCCUGGUGUUGGUGGCUCGCUCCGGUGUGUGUUCUCUCUCCUGGUUGGUGUUCUCUCGACCGGGUUUUGUGUCUCAAGCCGGGGUGUGGUUCUCUCCGGGUUGUUUGUUCCACCUGUGGUGUACGCUCGCCGGGUCUGUUCGCGUCUGGUUUUGUUCUCUCUCCUGGUUGGUGGUCGCGCCGGGUUUGGGGCUCUCUCCGGGUGUGUUGCUCUCCGGUGUUUGGCCGCUCAUGGGUCUGGGUCGCUCCGGGGGUGUGUGUUCCGCUCGUCCUGUGCUGUUCGCUAUCCUGGGGUUGGUGUGCUCCACGGUUUUGUUCGUCUCUCCGGGUCUUUCGCGCCGUGGGUGGUUCUCUCGCCGGGUUGUGAUCCGCUGCCGGGGUGUGUGUCUCUGCUCCUGGUUAGGGGGGGCUCUCCGGGGUGGGGUCUGCGUUCCCUGGGUCUGUUCCUCCGGGGUUAGGUGCGCCUCCCUGGGUCUUGCUCUCCGCGUUUGUUCCGCGCCGGGGGGUGGUGCUCUCCUGGUUUGUGGCCGUCUCCGGGGCUGUUCUCGCCUGGGGGUUGUUCGUCGCUCCGUGUGUGGUUCGUCGCCGGGUUGUGUGGCUCUCCUGGUGCUGUUCGCUCCUGUGGUGUGUCUCACUCCGGGUUGUGUGCGCUCCUGGUUCGGGUCGCCGCACUCCGGCGUUGGGGUGGCUCUCGCCUGGUGUGUUCUCUCCGGGGUGUGGGCGCUCUCCGGGGGUGGUGCUCCUCUAGGGGUGCCGGGUUGUGUCUGCCUGGUGUGUUCGCGCCUGGUGGUUCCGCGUCCUGGGUGGGUGGUUCUGCUCCGGGGGGUGUCCGCUCCGGGUUGUGUUCGCUCUCGCUGGCCCCGCGAGCGCUGCGUCACCUCGCGCAUGCGCAGAGACACCGCGCUGCAUCCGCUCGCGCGCUCCACAAUAAGACAGAAGAUUCAAUUAAAGCUGCGGGACUUCACUUUGCGUCACACCGUGUCCCACGUCAGCCGUAAGACCACAGCCGUCAGUCUGACGGUACUCUCCGGCAGGACCGUCAGACCACAGCCGUCAGUCUGA